AUGCAGCCCAAGGGCGCCAAAAGCAACGCGCCACGCGAGGGCCAGAGGCUGAAAUCAGCCUCACGCUCCUUUCAGUUUCUUCCUAAACAUCUCAACGUCUGCCCGUUCCUCCGUAGCCCAUCUCGUGCGCCUCAGAUCUCAGUAGCAUGUGGAGGACAAGACGAGUGGAGCUUGGCAAUGGCAGUUGAGUUCGCAAACCCCAACCAUGAGUGGUGGUCGCGGCCAUCUGACGGCUGCUUGGUUCCGCUGGUGCUACAGAGCGGUCAAGAGCCGUGGUCUCUGCCCGAGACCUCGAGAUGGUCUCGCCUUGGAACUCCAUCCUCGAGGGUCUCGCCUCUUCUUCGCGCUUCGUACUGGGUCGGGUCCUCGCUGUUCGUUCCCGGUACACGAUCAUACGAUCUCCGCAUUCGACCAAUCGCGAUUACAGCAGCGAAACUCGUCAUCGCAUGGCCCGUCUUCUGCGUUCUGGUAUGCUGGACGGGCAACUUGACCACGGCACUGAUACAGCUCAACACUAUUCCUGGCUUUAGUGACCACUCGAGAUAUGACACUGUUCGCAUCCCUCGGCCAACCACCACACAUGGCGAUUCUUGUUCGCAUCCGUAUCAGCCUGCGUCACAACAAGAACGCGCCUCAGUCACAGCCUCUGCCCCUUCAGACAGUGUAGGGACUCUCUCAUCCGAGCAGCCGUAUACGGAUAACAUUAGGUUAAACGAAGCUUUGCUCCCCUCGAGGCUGAGGCAUACUGAUACUUUAACUUCACCAAUCUCCCUUCGACCACGGUACCUCUGCUUCGUAAAGGAUUUCGAAGAUGGCAGCUAUGAGACGGUCAAAGUGUCGGACUAUUUAGCACAGCACGGAGAUGACACCGACCUGGAAUUCGUCUUCGUCUCGUACACUCGCAUGCAGUUCAGAGUGGCCACCGAGGAGGAAAUCAACAGGCAUCAGUACCCCGAUGAAGCCACCAGGGAGGUCAACAGGGAGGUUGCACGGCAAGAUCGACAAACGCUGGCGCGAUGGGGCAUAGACGCGGCCAAGAGGGUGGGGAAGAGGGCAUUCUGGCUCGACUUCGAGUGUGUCCGCAACGACGACGGCGUCGCGAGGUCAACCAGCAGCAGCGAGGACGUGUACCGGAUAUGCGACAUCGUCAGGGCCGCGCACUCCAUGAUCAUUGCCAUCGGACCCUCGGCUGCCGACAAGGUCUCAGCUCUCCUCGAGGGAUGCGAGACUCCGGAGUACAGACGAGAGGAGGUGACCCCCUGGCUGAGGCAAUGGGGCUCGCGCUUGUGGACGCUCCCGGAGCUGCUGCUCUGCCCAGCCGAGUACCGCAUCAACCUGUACGUUUUAGGAGACCCCGCAGAGGAGCCAAAGGCCAUGGCGAAACGCAACUUUGCCGAGAGAGCGUGGGACGACGCGGAAGCCGUCAAAGAGCUCGUUGAUCACUUCGAAGGCUCCGCGAUUCUCACGGAGCUGCGCCUCAUUGAGGCGGCUCUUUCCUGCUUCUCGAGACGUCAAACGGACCAGUUCAGCCAGGGGGACAUCGCCUAUGCCACGAUGGGACUCUUCCCCAACCGCCACAGACCUCGGGUCGACAAGGAAGACUCCGGCUUCCAGGCCUUUGCCAAAUUGUCCCUCGCCAACGACAGCGGCGCUUUCCUGAGCCGUCUGGUCUGUCUAGCCCCCCCGCAGCAGGAUGCCCCGUGGCACCAGACCGGAGACCGCUGGGGCGUGAAGCUCAGCGACAUCUACCCGAGCUGCAACGUCUCGGGCGUGGCCGGUCGCGAAGCCGUCAUGUUGGACGGAGUCCACGGCGCGACUAUCCACUGGGACAGGAUCGACCCGGAGCCUCUGUUCGGCCAGGACGCCAAGUUCGUCUUCGCUUGGUUAAUAUUGGUCCAGAUGGUGUGUCUAAGCGCGCCUAUGGCUCUACUUGCGAUGACUUACAUCGUGAGUCUUCUUUCCGUGACGAAGCUGAAAGCAUUCUUGGUAAUCUACUUUUGGACACUCCCGGCGGUCGGGCUCAUCGCCCUAGCGUCUCCAAUGGUGCUCAUCGGCUCGCGGCGCCGGCUCAGUCAGCCCAAGAAGUCUCGCCUACUUGGCGUCGAGGGUAUCGUGGACGCUGGCAGAAUCUCAAGACACCUCUGGGGUUUCGAUCACGGCGACCUGACGACGGUCACCCCACCAUCGUACAGCGACGUCGAUAAUGGCAUACAAACCGCCGCGCCGCUGCCGCCGUCUUCUCACAAACUAGGGGAGCAUGGCUUCACGCUGGUAGAUACCAGCCUGUUGACGGUCACGCACUUCUACUGCAGUCAGCCCCCAGUCGCCAUGUUCGUCUGCGGCUCGGAAGGCGGUAGACAGCGGACGUUGCUCUGCUCGUACGACUGGAGAACGCAGACGUACCACCGCCAGACUGUCCUCAGGGUCGCGCGCCGGGGUCUUGACCAGUUCCAUCUGGUCGACGGAGUACGGCUCUCGCUGGCGCCGCAUCCCGAUGUCGACGCCAACCCUCCAAACAACACCAGCAACUCGGAGCCAAGCUCGAUCUCUGGCGGAAACCUGAGGGACGCUCAGCCAGGAGGUGCCAUGCAGCAAUCACCGUGUUCCAGGGAUACCUGCCGCACUUGGAAGACAGAAAUACUGUUUAUGGCGAUUUGCUUCGCCGGUCUCACCAUCCUCGGGGAUCCAGUCCACGGCCACGUAAUCACUGCCAGUUACAUCUACUUCAUUGCCGGUCUGUUGUUUGCCGUCGUUUCGCUGCGAUACCUGCCACUGAACCAAGCCACAAUGUACACUUUUGCGGCAAGCGUCAUUAUGACAAUCAUCAACGACGCUAUCACUGGAGGACGCGUAGCCAAUCAUGUCGUUUUCGCCUACGCAUUUGUGAAGGGAUGUCUUGCCUUGACACUGAUCAAGCUGAUGCUGUGCUGGUACCCGACCGACGAGCUGCCGCUGCGGUUUCUCCUCUGGAACGUCUCCAGGACGUCGCUCCUCGACACACUUGGCUUCCUGGGCGUCGUGUCUUACAUCAGGGCUUGCAUCUUUGUGCUGGGCAUGGUGGUCUUCUACGCUCUCUUGACGACGGAGUUUAUGGAUCGCGUGGGGGGGCCGGAAGAUGUUUCCUGGCUCGAUCCACAUCAGAGGCUGUACUACUCCAGCAGAGCUGCUGUAACCGGAUUUCAAACAGUCUCAACGAGGAUCAUGUGGCGGGAUCGGCAGCAACUGCUUAUCAGGCUGUCGCGGCCUUUACUGGUUUUUGCCGUUUCUCUUGCCAGCUCUCUCAGCCUUGGGGCUUCGCAUGGCAAGCAAAGCGAACCAGGCGCUGCCCUCGUUGCCAUUCUUGUCGGGCUGGUCGUGUACAAAUUCCCGUCAAAUUGUUUCAUCACAAUGGUCGUGUGUUCCAUACUCUCGGGCGUUUCUACUCUACUCGGGGCCAUACAUCCGGAAAGCCACGCACUGUUCCCUCUCCCGCUUCUCCAGCGACUGAAUGGAGUCGUGCCGCCGCUUCUUUGGGCGACUGUGGUACUUCAAGCGUCGAUAUGGACAGAAGCCUUGGGCACUGUGACCGUUUCAUGGAUUGGAGUGGCCGUAGGCCAGAUAAUUCUGAUCUACACUUCCGACAAGAUCCCAACGCUUGUGGUGCAACUGCCUCUUUUUCUGGGCCAGAUCACAAUCUGGGCUAUGAUCUGGGCAUGUGGACGGGUCACUGGUAGGAUCAUAUUGCCAGAAGACGUGGUGGAUGGAUAG